AUGGACAUGCUGAACUCAAACACGAAAGUAGAGUGGAAUAAGAUGGUUAUGGAUUUAGAAGAUGCAAGCAUACCUGAUGAGCAAGAAAGAAGUGCUGGACAAGAGAAUUUGAACCUCAGAAUAAUAGAGCUGGAAAAAUUGGAGCAAACACUGAAACAUACUUUAGAGGACUACAUCGAGUCAGAUUCUGUGCUAAGAAAUAGGAUGAAAGAGCUGGAGCUGUCACACAAAACACUUCUUGUAAUGAUUGAUCAACUAAACAUGAAAGUGCACCAUUUUGAAAAUGCAAAUAUGCGUGUUAAAGGGAAACUGAGAGAAGUUUGGGAGGAGCUGCUGAGCUUGGUUGAAAACCAAGAGAAGUCAGAGAAGAAACAAAAGGAGAAAUUACAUUGGCUUCAGGAGCAGCUGAAGACAAAAGAAAAUGAAGUAAAAAGCCAAUCUGUGUAUUUUGAGCACUACAAACAAAGGCAGAAGCAACAGACAGCAGUGCUGAGAAAAAGGGAAUGUUACCUUCGGGGUGAGGUGUUUAGACUGGAAAAGCAAGUGCUAGAUCUCAGUGCCCAUAUUGCUCUUUUGACAUCUGAGUUAGGAGAAGGAAUGGCACAGUGUCUCCAUAAGAAGCUGGAAUCAGCAUCCAAAGGCACACAGAGCUAUAAGCCUUCUAAUAUGCAACUCACAGAAUUGAAAAACUCUAUUGGAAAUGUGGAGCAUGACAUGAAAAGCCACUUUGAGUCAUUUCAGAAAAAUCUGAAGUUCUUAAGGGAUAAAGAGGAGGACAACAGAAGAGAAAGAGCAGACCUGCUGACUCAGCUCCAGUGCUCCCAGGACACUGAAGACUUUCUCAGGAGAAAAUUGGAAGAAUCUUGUCAUCAUGUUUAUAAUCUGAAACUAUCUGAAAUCAAACUACAGGAACAAGUGAACAAGCUUUUGGAUGAAAACAAGUCUUUAAAAUAUCAAGCUAGGGUGAGGUUAAAAAAGAAAGAAGAAAAGGGCUUGCAGCUUACAAGAACAGAAAGUACAGACAACAGUGCUGACCUGAGCAGAGACCUACACCAGCAAGAUGUUCAAAACCAGAAAAGGGGAGCAAUCUCAGAUCAACAGAGAAGCAGAGCUGCUCAAACUCCAGUUGUGCUGCUGCAUGCCAUGGAGUAUGAAACACCGGGAUACAGCUGUGAUGGGCCUGAACAGAAAAAAGGGCUACAAGAAAAACUGCUGCCAGUUUUGGAGCACAAUUCCAACACAUUUGCAAAUGCUGCUGAAGAAGUCGGUUUAGCUGAGAUCAAACUGGUCACCGUAGGAACAAAAAGUACAGGUGCUUCAGAAGACAGUUUCACUUUGUUUAGUUGUACCCCAAGCUAUCCUACAGCAAGACUGCUUCCACCUUGCUCUGAAAAAGUAACUAAUGGUGAAACAAGCAAAGGAAACAAAGAUGAAGAAUACUUCUCUUUCUUGAAAGAACAAGCUGUAUAUCUACCAGCAAAAAUGUUCCCUGUUUCUGUGGUUGAAGAUUUGAUGAGAAACAAACCUAACAUUAUCUUGUUAAAACCAGAAAGCCACGAGGUAGAGGCUGUCACAACAGUGAAGAAAGUGAGGAGUUUGGAUUUCAGUGGGGCAAAUACCAGUCUUUGCUUGGAUGGUCUGUGUGUUCUUACAGAAGAUUUUUCUGAUAAAGCUCCUACAGCUCUUUGCAGAAAAAUACCAUGCUCUGUGGCUGAAAAUUUUGCAUCCUCUCUUCAAAAAUACAGAGUGGAAAAACAUCAGCAAAAGAAAUUAAUCCUACCAAAAAGUGUAAGUAAGAAUAAAAGUUCAGAUAAAAGUGUUCAUGAUAGAAAAUAUCACCAAAAAAUCUUUAGAUCGAGAAUUAAAGGAGAAGAAAUACAGACUGAGGAAUCCCAAAUACAACAGGUAACCUCUAUUUUUGGGGAAAAUUCUAGUGUUUUAAAUAAGAGUAGUUUGAUAAAGCCUGAGAAUCAAGGAAUUGAAGCCAAAGACAAACAAGAUAAUCCACAAGGUUUCCACAAAAUAUCUGUUGAUGUGAAAGACUUUCAGAUGCGCUUCAGAGAGAGUCCUGAACAAGUGGAGAAACAUGGAAGACUCUCAGAAAUCUGCAUAUCUGAUGUGAUGAGGGUGUGCAAAGAUGGAGACAUGAUGAAAAUGGGAGAGGAAGAGAAGAAACCUCAGAAAACAAUUCACCAAAUAAACCCUUCAAGAAAUAUUGGACUGGGAGAAAAAAAAGUCCAGUCCCUGAAACUACAUGAAUCAAAUGAGAAGAAUUUCUCAUGUCAGGAAAUUGCUGCUGAAAAGAUGCAAUGUGCAUACUCUCAGAAAUGUUCUUGGUCAGAGAAAGAGGGUUAUCCACUAAACAUAUUGUCUCCUAUGCAGAAGAGGUCCGUGUGCUUAAGCAAACAGUUCUUGCCAGAGAACAAUUUUUCUGGGUAUUUCUGUCACCUGUCACCACCAGCAGCGGUUCAUGAGUGUAAUAUGAAAACAUAUGUAUUGGAAAAAUUAGUGGCGAUGUGUUCACAGAGGAUAUUUCUACUGAUGCAAGAGAAUGAAAAUUACUUUAAAAAGGCCUGUGUAUUACAAGAGGAGAAUGAGAGAUGUGUUCAGAAGAUGUGUGCACUGGAAGAGGACAUGGAUGCAUAUUUUCAGUACGCUUUAGAAGUUGAUGAUGAUAACAGUGUUUCUUUUCAAAAUUUACUUGAUGAGAAUGAAAUUGUUGGUAAAUGUUAUAACGUGUCAGAAAGAAAUACCAAGAGUCCAGGAAUAAUUCUUGCUAAAACCAUCUCUAAGAAUCUCUCUUGCAUUGAUGAGAAAAGUAGGAAUUUGGGGAAAGACUCAUUAACAACUGAAUUAAAUAAACUUCCCGAGAGUGUUUUACCUCUAGAUGGAAAGAAAAUUAGAUAUUUUCAGCUACUUUCUGACCUGAAAGAAGAAAGAAGAAGAUGCUUCAAAGAAAUAGCUAAACUAUUACAAGACAAGGAAAACUAUAUAGCAAAAUAUGAAGAAUUAACACAAGAGAGAGAGGGAAACUUAAAAAGAAUAUCUCUUUUAGAAGUUGAAAAAGAAAAUUUAUUGGGAAGUUUGGCAGAAAUAAAAUGUGAACAAGAUAAAUACCGGGCCUUGGUCUCAGAACUUCAGGAGUGCAAAACUAGCUGUUAUCAGACUAUUUCUGACUUACAGGAGGAAAAAUGUGUCCUGAAAAGAGCUAUUGACCAAAUUAAAAAAGAAAAUGCAGAACAACUUGGUGAAUUUCAGAAAGCAAAUGCUGACUUCAUUUUAGAAAAUAACAAAUUGAAAGAAUUGAUGUAUUCUUUGGGUUUCACCUACGAAGAUCUGAGGAAAGAAAAAGGUUUGGGAACAAAGGAAAAGAUAGUAAAAAUAAAAGAAGAAAAUAAAACUCAACAGUAUGGUGCUAAGCCAAGGAAAGUUGAAACUGUGUGUGGUAUAACUCAAACUGAAGAAGAAGGAAGAGACAUGACCAGCUAUUUCCACAGCAAAGAGGGCAGGAGGUCUGAAAGCUACAGUUCGAUGAAGGAGCAAGUGGAAAGGACAAAAGAGGAAUUAAAAACACAGCAAAAAGAAUUAGAAAAAUCAAAAAAAGAGAACCAGAUCUUUCAGCUAAGUGAUGAAUUGCAUAGUUAUUUGGUUUUGGCCCGAAUUUCGGGUGAAGCUGCAUUCCUUCAGCACGUUUCAACAGAAACUGAGGGCUUAAUAAAGGCACUCCAAACAAAAUAUCCGCUGUAG